AUGGGUAGCGAUUGGAGAGGAUCAGUGGGGAAGGUGAGGUCUUUCGUGGGGAACUCGAUGGGAGGUCUAAGAGGAGGUCAGAAUAUCGCAUCUUGGCUCGUAGCGGGAACAAUCGCUUACUAUCUGUGGGUUAAACCAGCUCAGGAUCUCAAAAAGGAACGAGAGGCUAGGGCACUUCUUGCGGUUGCGGAUCGGAAUCAAUACGUGGAGAAGAGGAAACCAAUCGCUGAUCCUCAGGUUACUGGUCUGGUUUAUGGAAACAAGAAGAUAACCGAUACACCACAGGAUUGAAUACUCUUUUUUUUUUUGUUUCUGCAAGUUUGAGAACAUCUUUUUGUAAGUCUGUUUAGCUUCUGCAGUUUUGUCCUGUUUUAUCAUAUUGCUAAGAAGAUGAUCUUUGUAUAGACAAAAAAAAACACUAUAGUUGUGUCACUUUACAAACAAUCGAAUCAGAGAAGGAUGGAAACUUUUUUUUGUUAUCCGUUUGUGAGGUUUGUUGAGAAGGGAAUCUGAAACUUCAUUU